AAGCCUAAUGCAGGAGAGGACUCUGUCGCUAAUCUGGAUAAAAUAUGCUUUGCUCAUGGUUCUCCAAGAACUUCAGGCUUAACAUGCAGAAGACUAUGCAGUCUCAUGCAGCAGUGUUUUGUACUGGAGAUGUCUUGAAAGAAGGUUGUGACAAGAUGGAUACCCUCUACCAGACGUUAGACGACAUUAAGACGUUUGACAGAGGUAUCGUUUGGAACACUGACCUCGUGGAGACUCUGGAACUGCAGAAUCUGAUGCUGAAUGCUGUGCAGACGAUUCACUCGGCUGAGGCUUGCAAAGAAAGCAGGGGUGCUCACGCCCGGGAAGAUUUCAAAGUGCGUGUGGAUGAGUACGACUACUCCAAGCCAUUGCAGGGUCAACAGAAGAAGCUUUUUGAAGAGCACUGGAGGAAACACACACUGUCCUACACAGACCCAAAGACAGGAAAGGUCACUCUGGAAUAUAGACCAGUGAUUGAUGACUCUCUGAACGCUGAAGACUGUGCCGCCAUUCCUCCUGCUAUCCGCUCCUAUUAACCUAUUUACUAUUAUUUAUCAAUAAUAUGCUCAGUCUGAGUCCUUCAGUACAUUACAGAACAUUUGUGUUCAAUUCUGGUAUUUUGAAGGACAUUUUAUUGCUAAUAAAGCAUAAAUACUAAAAA